CGGCGAAGUGCGAGUUCAACCGCGACCGAGCAGAUCGAUCUUCUCCCUCUUCUCCUGCUCGUCUUCUUGGGCAGGAAGAAAGAAAGGGUGGGAGGGGGCGUGGCUGGCGAUGGCGGCGGCGGCGCUAGAAUUCCUGGAGGCGCAGCGCGCGACGCGGCCGGAGCUUGCGGAGUGGUACGCGGCGCUCGCCGACCUGUACCAGCGGAAGCUGUGGCACCAGCUCACCCUCAAGCUCGACCAGUUCCUCGCCCUCGCCGUCGUCCAGGCUGGCGAUGCUCUGAUUCAGCUGUAUAAUCAUUUCAUCUCUGAUUUUGAGACCAAGAUCAAUCUUCUUAAAUUUGCUCACUUCACAGUCGUAGUUUCACGCCAGUAUUUGGACAAAGAUGCUGGUAUAAACUAUCUUGAAGGUGUAAUUUCAAAGCUGCAUGAUACCCGUGAAUCACGGGUUGAAGAGCCCAUUCUGUAUGUGAAGAUGCAAAUUGCAACAUUUCUUCUUGAAAAAGGGAAUCAAAAGGAGUGUAAGAGACUGCUAGAAGAGGGGAAAACCACUUUGGAUAGCAUGGUUGAUGUUGAUCCUUCGGUACAUGCUACCUAUCACUGGAUGUGUUCUCAGUACCAUAAGGCCUGUCAAGAUUACUCUGAAUUCUACAAGAGUGUUCUUCUUUAUCUUGCGUACACAACAGUGGAGUCACUUUCAGAACCAUUCAAACAGAACCUGGCGUUCGACCUCUCACUUGCUGCUUUAUUGGGUGAAAAUAUUUACAACUUUGGGGAGUUGCUUGCCCAUCCAAUCAUCCAGAGCCUUUUGGGGACCCAGGUUGAGUGGAUUUUUCAUAUGUUGCAAGCAUUCAACACUGGGAAUCUAGCAUUGUAUCAAGAACUCUGCAAAGCUCAUAACACCACUUUGAGCACACAGCCUGCAUUGGUACAGAACGAGAGGAAGCUACUUGAAAAGAUCAAUGUCCUUUGCUUGAUGGAAAUCAUUUUCAGUCGGUCAUCUGAAGACCGUACAAUCCCACUGAGCACGAUAGCUGAACGAACUAGGCUCUCAGUUGAAGAUGUGGAGUAUCUACUGAUGAAGAGCCUCUCUGCCCAUCUUAUAGAAGGCAUAAUUGAUCAAGUUGAUGGGACUGUCCAUGUUUCAUGGGUUCAACCGAGGGUCUUGGGCAUAGAACAAGUAAAAUCCUUGCGUGACCGGUUGGACACAUGGGUUGGGAAGGUGCAUACGACUUUGCAUUCGGUUGAAGCCGAGACGCCCGACUUGGUAUCCUCGUGAUGUUCUUCACUUUCGGCUCGAAGGACGGCUGCGACAUUACGCAAAAUGAAGGAGGACUCAGAAUUUUUUUCGGUUCUUAGACUGCAGAUUCCCUGUGACGAUCUUUGUAACCUCCUUCCUCGAAGCAGUGAAGUUCUUUUUCGUAUGUGUUCUUCAGCACCUGUUGUUUCAGAUAAUGCUUUGACUGGUUCUCAGCUCGAUGUUGAAUUGUGUAGACGAGAUUGUUUCGUUAUAUGGUGAAUUUGCAAAACCUUUAAACUUCA